AGAGUGAAUCUAAUUAUAUUAAAUUCAGGAUAUUCAGUCUGCAAGUACUCCCAAAUAUGCUGAAUGCAUCUGUUUUCCUGAUUCGGCCGUAUUUCUGGACCCUCAUUACAUGUUUUUCGUCAGACAAUUACUAAGUAAUGAAUUACUGGUAAUAAUGAUAGGGAACAACACCAUAGAUCAUAGAUGUCUAGAAUUUACGAUAACUGGGAGAGGCUGGUCAAAGCCACCCUGCGGAGAGAGGAUUUUCGGCUGAGCAGUAUGAGUACGCCCAGUGAAGUCUCCUUGGCGUCCUCCUUCUCCACCUCCACCUUCACCUCUUUCGAUCUCAGGCCUUCAUCUUUCAACUUCUCCGGCUUGUUAGUGGGGGAUUCAUUCAAGUAUCACCAAAUUCUCCAAGCCACAGAUAACUUGAGCGAAGCCAACCUAAUCAAGCACGGCCACUCUGGGGAUCUGUACUACGGAGUUUUAGAAGGCGGGGUUCAAGUGGUAGUCAAGAAAAUUAAUCUGCCGUCGGCCCAGAGAGGAUCGUACUAUUUCAUAUCAGAAUUAGAGAUUCUCCACAAGAUUUCUCAUCCUAGAAUGGUCCCUUUGCUGGGGUACUGCUCGGAGAAUAUGAACAACGACUUCCUGGUUUACGAGUACAUGCCUAACAAGGACUUGUCCAGUUAUUUGCGUAGAGAGACUGGAGAUGACCACGGCCAAUUAGCAUCCUUAGAUUGGAUAACAAGAUUGAAGAUUGCAAUUGGAGCUGCUGAGGGUCUGUGUUACUUGCACCAUGACUGUGAUCCCCCGAUUGUUCAUAGAGAUUUUCAAGCUAGCAGCAUCCUUCUUGAUGAUAAUUUUGAAGUGCGGCUCGGAAGUCUUAGUGAGGUUUGUGCAGCUGCGGAAACCGACCCCAGAGAGACGAGGUUUGCCAGGUUCCUACGGUUGCCAAAGGCCAUGCGGGCUGGACAAAGCACUUCCGGUGCAUCUAAUGCCACGUGUGCGGACGAUGUUUAUUGUUUUGGUAAGCUUUUGCUUCAGCUGGUCACCGGCAAGCUCCGCUUGAAUGCGGCCACCGAUUUCCCGGACACCAUCCCUCCAAUUGGUCGACCCAAGAAUUGGAAAGACUUGACAUUGCGAAUCUACGAUAAGGAGCUUCUUCGCAAGGCUAUGGACCCGUCUUUCAUCAUGGCAGAGGAUCUCUUCAUGGAAGUAUGGGCGGUGGCUAUAGUUGCCCGGGCCUGUCUCAAUCCCAAACCUUCCCGGAGGCCCCAAAUGCUACAGGUGCUCAAGGCUUUAAGAACGGGCAAAAUUACUGAUGAUGCUUUUCUUGAAAUGACCAGAAUUAUUCAAUCUUAUCAAACUUUUUUAGGACCCAUCAGUCCUCAAUUUGAUACCGGACAAUUCUAGACCCUAUUCUUGUACAGCCUCAUCUAGGCCUAGUCUCGUCUCCAGUGUACAGUGUACAUCCUUGCACAUUAUUAUUAUUUUGGUUAAAAUAGGCUUGCAAAUUAUAGAGUAUUAUGGUUUUAUA